UUUUCGCUUUACAAGGAAUGUCGUCUUCCGAGAUAAUUUCGUGAAUGGAUGACGCAGUUCUCAGGCUCUCGCCCCCGAUCACUUUCGAGGGGCUGAGUCCGGUCACCAGUGUAUUCUACGACGAUGUUUGCAGACAGGUCUUCGCUGUUCGAUCCGGGGGAGCGAUGGGCAUCGUAGUGAAAGGUCCGGAAGAGCACUUCAACCACACAUUCCGGAUGCCUGACCAAGGGCCGAUUUUGGCAAUCAAAUUCUCCCUCGAUCAAACCGUACUAGCUGUUCAGCACGUACCUGAUACUGUUGUGAACAAGGAGCGAGGAUCCGUGAAGCUCAUGAAGUCGCAUUCGUUUCCCGUCAACUGGUUUCUCUACAAUGGAAAAACGACGACUUUGUUGACGUGCACGGGAGCCGGUGGUAACACUCUGCAGCCGUUUCUCAUAAGAAGCGGUUCCCUUUUCAAAUUGGCCAAAUUCGAACUGGAUUUCCCGCCUUCUGGAAAGCCCGGUGCUUUGAAUGAACGGGAUUUCAUUCUGGCUGAAGUUUACAAUCAGAACUACAUAUUGGUUGUCAAGCAUCAACCUCGGGGCAACAGUUCGCUUGGCGGAGAGAUCGUCGUUUUCAACGUGAACAAAGAUAGUUCACCCACGAAAUGCCACAUACUGAAGGUAGAAAGAGGAGGAAAAUUGGCUGUGAACAUUGUUGACAAUCUCGUCGUCGUCCAUCAUCAAACAACAAAGAAAUCGCAAGUCUUUGAUGUUGGGCUUCCUGGUGAAACGGAUGGAUACGUGGUUUAUCACGACGCUGUUCUAUGGACUGAUACGUGUCUGAAAGACGGGGAGCAAAUGGAAUCGGAAAGCAACGGAAUCUAUGGGCAAAACGGAUUGAUUUUCCAGCCAGACGUGAUCAUUGAUGCGAAGCUUGGGAAACUCUGGCUGCUCGAGUUUGACGUGGAACCCGUGUACGGACUCAUCAAAUCGCCGACGAACCUUGUCAAUUUUCUAUUAUCCCGAAAAAAUGCGAAGGGAGUCGUUCUUGAUGCCGUUAGACGACUUCUCCAGGGGGAUUGCUCACUCUUGGAGAUCGGGAAAGUGUUUGAUUUCGUCGUUGCUAUUUAUCAGGCUCACCAUCACGCCGCAACGUUGCCUCAGGUUUUCGGGAAGCCCCGGGAAUUGGGACCCAGUGUCGCAGCCCCUUGGAGAGUCGUCAUAAUCCAGAAGGACAUGUGUUUAUCCGUAUUCACGCCUCUGAUCAGGACCCUGAGUGGCGUUCAAAGUGACAAAUACCACCGUGGGCAGUCGAGAUUGUCAUCAAUACUGGUUGAAUACGCGAGAUCACUUCAUAAUUACCACAUGCCGGUGGAUUUCUUUGUGUUGGAGCUGCUUGCCACGACGCUGAUUCGAGAUAAAGCCUUUCAACUGCUUCAUCAACUGCUGCAGUAUGGAACCAUACGGGAUUCGAAACAGAUGGCGUGUCUGUUGUUGUCGCUGUCAAACGAUUAUCCACCUGCGGAGCAAAUUGCGUUGGAUAUGCUCAAGCGCUUGAACACGGCCAAUGAGCAGAUCCUGGAGAUCCUGCUCAACAAAGGACAAAUUUUCACUGCCUUGAGAUUCCUGAGAAAACUCGGCCUGCUGCAGCCGUCGAAUGCCGCUUUAGACAUUCGGAAGUAUUUGGAUGCAGCUCUGGCUUCCAACAACAAAAUGGUCUUUUUCCCGGUAUUCAAAUUCUUUGAACAACGCAACUUGAAGAUGUACGGAUCUCCUCAGUUUAAGCCUCCUGAGCAGUAUGAAGUCUAUGUGAAAAAGUACAAGGAAAUGUUCUUGGAAGCGCAGGAUUCCGAGGUGGUCGUCAUAAAUUCGUGAUAUUGCAAGACAGGAGAAAUUGGUUCAUGAUAUUCCUCAUUGAGUGUAUGAGAGGUAAUUUUUUUUUGUAGAUGAAUUGCAUACUUUUUUGGUGAGAAGAGGAUUAAUGGAGGCAGCCAUGUUUUUUUUUGGUUGAUCCAGUG